AUGAAUUAAAGGCGCUGCACAUAGAUCGUGAACAGUCCUCACAAUGCUAGGUGGAGGAAUGGUAGUUUACAAGUGUUUUGUGUUUUUUUCGAUCGUUGACACUAGUUGUUGUCAGCUUGUUUUUAGCAGCUACUACUGUUAGCCUCAUAACAUAAUUAAUGUGAGCAGUAAAUUUAAUAUUGGGAAGAGCGAUCAUGUAGCUUACAUAUGUUCACUAUAAUUGGUUAAUUGUUCAAAUUAUGUGGUUUAUAGUGCUGCAGCUAUUGAAUAUUUGCGUAAUCGAUUAAUCAAAUAGAUCAAAUAAUCGAGUAAUCAGAUUAGGAACAUUUAAAGGGAUCCACAGAUAGAAACACUUGUAGUUCUUAAAAGAAAAACAUUAUUAUGAGUUAAAAUAAUUCGAUAUUGAAACCCCGCUUGAUGUUUUCGUUUCUAAACAAUUUAGUAAAAUUAGUUUAACUAGUAGGUCGCCAUUAUUGUUGAUGUCGCAAGCCGGUGACAUCACAUGGUUACGCUGUCGGGCUACCAUAAUAUGACUCUAGCGACAUAAACAUGUCAUCUGUUCAACCCAUUCAAUUUGAACCCAAGAGGAACAUUAAUGAGCAUGACAGCACUGUCGAUAUUUCACAAAACGAGCAGCAAAAGCAAAAUGAACAGGAAACACGGGAUGAGACGAGAUGAGAGUAGGAAAAAAAAAUGUGCCAAAAUGUGCUACACUGGCGAAACGUGUACAAGAAGCGAAUUUGACACCCAUAGUAAAGUGGUACCUCUACAGUUAAUUCGUUCCAGGACCUUGUUUGUAAGUCGAAUUGGUCGUAUGUCGAGCAGGAGUUUCCUAUAGAAAUACAUUAUAAUUCCAUUAAUUCAUUCCACAGCCCAAAAACCUACAUUAAAUCCUUAAUAAAUACUUACAUUAAGUACUUUUACAAAUGGCAAUUACAAUAGCAAGACAAAUACAUUAGAAAUAAAAAUCGGAAUAAUAUAAUAAUAAUAAUAAUUCCUGUAAUAAUGUAACAGAUCGGGAACUAAUGUGGCAGACGUUUUUUGCUUUACCUGAUGUGAGAGAGCUUGAGUUUACUUUCCUUUUUAAUGUUUUCUUGAGAACACUGUCAACUCCGGAAGGCGUUUUGUGUUUGGAUAAGUUGUGAAAUAAAUGAUAAAAAAGUGACUUUCUUUGGCGAUGUUACCACAAUAAUAAUUGUCACCUUAACUUAUAAAGACUGGCGAACCGUGGUCAGAGGAGGACUGUGGAGAUGUAUUGUUGAGCCAGUUCACGGAUGCGCACCCCACGCUCAUAUGUCUCUAUAAUUUGCAUCUUCAUUUAGAAGGUAUGCGUCACCUUUUUCCUUGUUUCGCCAACUGUAUCAACCUUUUUGAAACCUGUGUUGAUCUCUCACACAAGAAAAUCAUCCGCGCGUUCGUCUGAGGUGCUGUCAUGUCGUCGUAUUUCGAGCAUGUCGUUGGAUGUAUAGAAACAAAUGGCGAGUCAAAUUUUACGUCGGAUGUCGAAAAGAUCGUGUGUCGAAGCCAUCGUAUGUCGACGUACCACUGUACUACCGUGCGCUUUCAACUUGUUUAGUUUAGAUGCAUACAGACAACACAUUAAAGAUGCCUUAAGAAAAUACUUAAACGUAGUAAUAUCAAAGAAAAGUGGUUUAAAUAUGCUAACUGCUAAAUGCUGACUAAUGUGGUCAACAGAUCAACAAUCUGCUUUAAAGCUACCACAAGAAAACACAAUGCUUAAAAGUAUGAGACACAUGCAAAAAGUACUGAGGCAAUGAAAAGGUAAUAAAAGACUCAAUAAAAACACAAAUAGUAAGUACUUGCCGCUUUUAAACGAUGUGCGCAUGUGUUGGGCGUCUUGCCACGUAGAAGGAAUUGCAGUAAUCUGGUAGUGUUAGUCUAGUGACAGUGACAAACUAUGCCAUCACCCCGAGCGCCCAUUGUGCGCAUAAAACAUGGCACCCCUCUGUAAGUCACAACAUGUACUAAAUAUUAUAGAUUUUUAAAUCAAUGGCAAUAUUUUAUGUGUUUCUAAUAACAUCUUUUAGUAAAAGAGAACAAUUGUGGCUUAUUAGAGCUCAUACAGCAAGUCUUUAAGUCCGAGGUUCCCUUUAAGAUGUUAAGACGUUGCAGAAUCAAUUUUAGGAGAUUUAAAACAGGCUUGCUGAGAUUGCACUUUUAAAAGAGCAUUAAAUGUGAAUACAAAGUAAAAUUCCAGAGUGAUUUUUUUCAAACUAUGCAGAAUUGGACUUUCAUUUCACAAGAGCAAUAAAUGCAUUUAAAAUCAAAUUAAAAUACCUGGCCUUGAAAAUUUAAUAAAUGAGGAGCGAAGAGCAACAGAAGAAUAAUUGGCUAACUUGCUUAGGGAAAGUCCGCUAGCGUAAAUGCUAUAAAAUGUGAACUUUUUUUUUUUAAACUAUAUUCUUAAAUCAUCCAAGCAAAAAAAAAACAAAAAAAAAACCUGCUAAAUAUACCUCCAAAGUAAAUCACGAAUUUAUAAACAAUCAAAUUUAUUGAUUGAAUUUAUUUAUGUAUUAAUUUAAAACAAUCAAUUUAAACCUUAAUAGGGAGAAGUUUGAUCCUGCCACAUUAGAUGAGAUAUGUCAUAUUCAUUGUUGCCACUAGCUGGCAGUGUAUCCACCCAAAUUAAUAAAACUCAUGCGAACACUUUUAAAACAAACCAUUACAACGCCACUCUAAUUAAAUGAAUCCUCAAAUCAGCAAAAUUUGAUUGAAAGCUUUUUUCUAAUCGAAUAACUCGGGUUAAUCAGUCGUUGCAGCACUAUGUUUUAAUAACGGAAACGCAUUAAGAGGGCUAUGAAUGUUGACUUAAUAUCUAUGUUGUUCACCUUAAAGUAAAUGUGUGUACACUGUACAUGUAUGCACACUUGCAUGUGAGCCAUUAAAAAAGUGGAGUUCAUUUGAAGACUCCUGUGCACCUCGCCGGAGCCCUGAAUCUUCUACAACCAGCUUCUUUUGUUUCAUUAUUGCACAAUUUGUGUAACUCUAAAAACUCGUUUUUACUUCUAAAAUAUAAAUGUUUGUCUGCUAUAUCAGUGGUGUCAAACCUGUGACCUGCGACCCACGUAGCGGGCCAAUUCAACCUGCAUGAUUGUUCUGCCUGUGAGGCACGUUGUAGCUCAUUCAUACAUUCAAAAUCACGUACUUUUAUAUUAACAUUGACGCCUUAAAACCGUAAAUUUGUGGACUAAUACACUUGGCUGAUUCUUGUGUCCGCAGUCACAUUUAUCUUCAUUCACUCCCUCCCUGUCAAAAUAGAAUUGACGUCUAGCACCGUCAAUGACAGGCAAUGAAUUAACAAAGAAGUGACCCAAAAAUUACCCGAAAGCGACAGGAAGUGACCCGAAAUCAACAGGAAGUAAGCUGGAAAUUAGGGGUGUGACAAAAUAUCGAAACAGUGAUGUAUCAUGAUACUUGAUACCCUUGAUACAUGAUACUAGUCCCAAAAGGUUAUCGAUAUGCUCCUGCCAAUAAUAGAAAUAUUAUUUUAAAAAGGUGUCAAUGUCUGAAAAAAAUAAAAUAAAAAGGAACAAACAAGUUGCUACCAAAAUCCUUCACUAUAAUAGUGUCUCAGUUAACUUUAAGGCUGCAAUGAUGGUGCUCGACGCCCAAUCCAUUUAGGCUAGGUUCAUACUACAGGUCUUAAUGCACAAAUCCGAUUUUUUUGCCAUACCUGUUUUUUGGCGUGACGGUUCAGACUGCCUUUGUCCAUUGAGACCGUUCAAGUAUCACGCAUGCGCACUAAUUCGCAGUCCGAGAUGCGCUCAGCAAAGAGACCCGCAUGCGCAGAAGCAUCAAAACAAAUUACACAUGCUCGCUGUAUGUCAUUCCAGGCUGAUCAUAUUUUGAUUUCCAAAAAGAGAACACAAAUAACAGACAUUAAUAAUCUCUGUUUAGUCUUAUUAUAUUCAAAGUUUAUAUGGACUGAUAGAACGCUGAUAGAAUAACUCGAGUUAAUCAGUCGUUGCAGCACUAUGUUUUAACUGCAGUCUUGAAACAAAUCUGAAUAAGGAAAAACACUGCAAUAAAAUAAUGCAAACUGGUUAAACUUGAGAGUACGUUACUCCUCAAGUUCAGCAUUCGCUUCAAUGGUAUCUGGCGCCAUCUAGCAUCGUGAAUGGGUAUAAUGUCUAGACCCCGAAUAUAAGACGACUCCCACUUUUUCAGUCUCAUUUCAAUGCAAAAAACACCGUCUUAUAUUCGGGCCAAUACGGUAAUUUUCAGGUUACGACACGCCUAAACGAGAACAUAUUGCCUCUUGUUAAGAAAGAUAUUCAGGUUACGAGAGGCAAAAAUACAAUGGAAUACUGUAAAAGAUACAUAUGCACUUUCUGUUUUUAAAAGUCACGCCAUAAAUCCUGCUGCCCUAUUGGUCAUAAUCUCCCCUAUUAUGCUUCCACAUAGGCCUAAGUAGAGGUACCACUGUAUUCAACUAAUGGCAGACCCAUAUAACCAUGGAUAUUUAAAAGAAAAUUAUCAAUUGUUGUACAAACUUUUUCAAGCCACUCUACAUCUUGGAAGGACUUCAAGGCAAACUUCUCUCAUGACUUUGUAAGCCACGCUUAUAUUAUGCAGGUUAUGUAAUGGACUUCUGCGUUCCAAAGGCUGACAUAAAUCAGACAUGUUUUUCAUGGUUGCCAAGGCUAUGUUGUAAGCCUGCACGAAGAGUAAGAUAAACUGGAAUAGCUACCAUAAAUCACAUUGAACACACCUUUUCAAACAAGAAAUGAUUGUCAAGAAGAACCUUUUCUUUUGGAAAACGCUCCUCAACACAAGCUACUAACUAAAAAUGCAAGUUUUACAUUAUGCUUUAAUAAAAUGAUUGUACCUACUACCUACACUUAAUUGUAACUCUAAAUGGUUACCUCUAAUAGCAGUGGUGGGAAGUAAUUAAGUACAAAUACUAUACUUUGUGACUGUAGUUAAGUGGAUUUCUCUGCACUUCACCUAAAUAAUUUUAUUUCUGACCGCUUUGUAUUUAAUCCCUCCACUUGAAAACAUAUUGUUUCUAUUUCCUACAUUUUAAAAAAGAACUGUUGUGUUUGACGGAACAAUAUGUCUAUAUGCUGCCAUAGCAGAUUCAUGGCGCAUUAAGCCCCUGAACUAUUUUUAAUUUGUCCGUUUUACCCAUGGGACCCCCAUUUGCAGACGUUGCGCGGUAAAACGGAGGUAAUUAAUUAUUUUUAUCUUUCAAAAUGUCAUUUUCAGCUUAGAGUCUUUAAUUGAUGUCUAAUAUUUUGUUUUAAAAAAAAGACUUUGAAAAAUUAUUCACUCGCAUAUUUUAAACUAUUAAACAAAUUACGUUACAAUGGGAAAAAAUGGUGUCUGUAAAAAAUUCACGUUUAUCUACCUCAUAACUAUCGCUUAAUUGUAUUUUUUGUGUUACUGUCACAUUUUCUCCGAUAUGUUAGAUGAUAAAUAAUUAAUGCAAACAAAGACAAAUUGAAAAAAAAAAACGUUAAAAGGGUAAAUAUAUGAAAAAGAAAAUCUCGACCACUCCUUGAUGUCUGCGAUUUCUGCAUCGCGACCUUGUUAUAUUUCCAUGUUUCACCUUUAAAAUCCCCCCAAAAUCCAGCUGUGGCCAUUCACACCUGUGUCUUGACACUCAGUGAUCCUUGUUACAUGGAGUUUUUGGAUCGAAACAAGCGUCUCCCAGAGGGGAGCAGAUCAAACAGCUGGAAACCAGGAUGUGAGCUGUCCUUGAAGAUGUUUAGAGCUCUGCUGAGGCACCGGGAGGAGUAGAUGUCCAUCAGUGCAGCUCCCGUACCAGGUAGAAAUGCAGUAUGUUAGCAGGCUCUCAAUGGAUGAGUGGUAGAAGGCCAGCAGCUUGUUCUUCCUGAGGACUCGCAUGAAGUGCAGACGCUGCUGAGCUUUCUUUGUGAUAGCUGUUAUGUUUGCUGUCCAUGAGAGGUCAUCCGAGAUCUGGACUCCCAAGAACCCGAAGAUUUACCAAGAAGAAUUAAUGCUCUACCAAAUUUGACCUUCGAGAUGCCAUGGACUACUGAGGAAAAGACAUUUAUAGUUGAGAAAAAUACUUCUCCAUCAACAUGGCCGCGCUCAGCACCUCGAACACAACUUUUGCUCUGGAGCUGCUACGCAGCCUGAGCCAGGCAAACCAAAGUGGAAACAUCUUCGUCUCCCCAUUCAGCAUCAGCUCAGCCUUAGCUAUGGUCUACCUGGGAGCCAAAGGAGACACUGCUACACAGAUGGCACAGGCCCUGUCAUUCAGAUCUGGUGAAUCCGUCCAUGCAGACUUCCAAAGCCUCAAUGCAGACAUCAAUUCGCCCUCUGCAUCGUACACCCUGAAACUGGCUAAUCGCCUUUAUGGAGAAAUGACUUUCCAUUUUCUUUCUGAUUUUCUUGCUACCACACAAAAGUAUUAUAAGGCAGAUCUGAAGACUGUUGACUUCAUUGGGUCUCCAGACUCUUGCAGAGUUGAGAUUAACAGCUGGGUGGAGCAGCAGACUGAGAAUAAGAUUAAAGAUCUUCUGAAGCCAGGAACAGUCAGCACUACAACAAGAUUGGCUCUGGUCAAUGCCAUCUACUUCAAAGGCAACUGGAAGCACCGCUUCGAUCCAGCAAACACCAAAGAAAUGCCGUUUAAAGUCAACAAGAAUGUGACGAUGACAGUGAGCAUGAUGUACCUGAUGAAGAAACUGCCUUACAACUACAUUCCUGAGUUGGGUCUGCAAAUCCUUGAGCUGCCGUACGUAGACGACGAGCUCAGCAUGCUCAUCCUGCUUCCAGAGGAGUCAACUGAUGGCACUGACCCACUGGUGAAGCUGGAGAAGGAGCUGACAUAUGCAAAGCUAGACGAGUGGACCGACAGAAAAAACAUGGAUAUCCACUCCGAAGUCCUUGUUCAUCUGCCGAAGUUUAAACUGGAAGAGGAGUACGAGCUGAGCGAACCUUUGGCUAAACUUGGUAUGACAGACGUGUUUUGUGCAGCAAAGGCCGACCUUUCCGGGAUGAACGGGGAAGGAGGACUUUCACUGUCCACUGUGGCACACAAGGCCUUUGUAGAGGUCAAUGAAGAGGGCACCGAGGCUGCUGCAGCCACUGCUGGCAUGGUAGCUUUCUGUAUGCUGAUGGAGGAACAUUUCACAGCAGACCAUCCCUUCCUCUUCUAUAUCAGACACAAUAAGUCCAAGUCUAUUCUUUUCCUUGGAAGGUUCUCGUCUCCUCAGUAGACACAACUCAAAUAAAAAAUGCAAUAAAAAUCCUAUCAAGGUUUUGUUUCUUUUGACAACAUUUUAUAACAUGAGCGCAUACUGUAUAAUCAUAUUUUGACAGCACGAUAGACACAUCUACCUCACAAUUUUGAGGUUGUGGGUUCGAAUUCAACCUCCAAUUAUCCUGUAUGAAUUUAACAUGUUCUUGCAAGGGUUUUCUUUGGGUACUCUGGUUCCGUCCAUCUUCCAAAAACAUGAUGUCGUUUAAGUAAAGGCAACAUGGUUGUGAAUUACAGCGUGAAUUAGUUUCAUCUUUAGGUGCCCUGCUAGGCUGGCGAUCACUCCAGGGCAGUGUUGUUUUUGUCAGUGAUGACUAUAAUGAAAAUAUUUUGUGGAUGAACAAUUUUUUCAUGACGAUGAUGAGAAGAUAACGAGCUAAAAACGUGUCUUGGGAGAAUAAAACAUAACGACACAAU